UUUGUUGAAAAACAUUUUUUUCACAAAGAGUAGCUGGAUCAACGUUAGAAAAUAAUAUGCCACAAUGGGAAGCGAACAGUGGACGCAUGGUGCGUGUAGGCUACACCGGGAAGGAAACGGGGCCCGUCUGACACUGCUAAAAGCACCAGGACCAAAUUUCUUAGAGUCGCUUUAUAAUAUUGCUUAACAAGUCUGCAAAGCAGAACAUUCAUGAGCAGGAUACAGUCACUAAUAUUAUAUAUGAUGGUAGUUUUGCUGAUGACCUCAUUUUUGGCAAUACAUCAGCAGAAACAACUUCAUUCGCCAUCUUUGAAAUCAACGGCAGAUUAUCGACUGUUUGGAGUUAAUCCCAAAAGGACUGAAAAGCCUUUGGAUACAACUGCUGACUCAAUGUUUAGAUCAUAUUAGAGCGACAGAAGACUUAAGAGAAAGUUCUUCUUCUUCCAGUUUCUGCGCCCAACACUGAAGACUGCGGCACGUUGUAAUGAGCGCAAAAAGAGAAGGUUAAGGAACUAAUCUGAAGGUGGAGCACGUGUAGGAAGAUUUUGAAUUUUUGGGCCUACAUGAAAGCUGACAAUAUGGCGGAGAUGAAUAUGUGUGCAACUCCGACCUCAAUAGAACAGUCACUUGGUGACCGUAAUGUAGCCUCGGAUGUGGAACAUCAAACACUGGACGACAGUGCGGUGAACCAGAACGUGUCCCAACAAGGAGAAAAUCAACCGAGCGCCCCGCAAUGUGCCCCCGGAGACCACUGCGAUACGACGGGGGAUGACGGGGUGGGUGUUGCUGUUGACGAAACAUGUCUCUCGUUGACGGCAGUUGACGAGGCGUACCGAGCUGCAACUAGCGUCUGCCGUCAAGACUACGAGAAUCUCCUGCUCAAAAUAGAGAUACCAAAUCUUGCGGACGAAACACUUUCGGACGAUGAUGCCGAGUUUACGGAAGCAGAUGCGAGCAGCAACAGCAUCGUUUCCGGACAUGACGUCACACCCGGUGAAAAGGAACCAGACUGUGGUGAUGAUUCUACGGAAAUGGGUAGUGUGGAGCCUGGGGACAUGCCACUUCGGUAUUACGAUAACUACAAUCGGAGGCAUUAAGACCUUAUAUUUGAUUGGGAAAACCCUCACUAAACACGAACUAUCGCAUGUGGACGGGAGAAAUGUUUUAGGACCUUUGAUUACUGUUUGGGCGUUCAACUUCGGCUACACGACUAUAGCCGUUUGUUGCAUGGGCCGAGAACAAUGUCGACGCUACCGCCAUAGCUUGCAGUCAUAAGGUUGCGGGUUUGAAUCCUACCAAGAUAAACCACUGAUUUCACUGGGAAUAGAAGAAGUAUUGUUGUCUGAAUUAUAAUAGCUACUGAAUAACAAUAUUGCUUGAUUUGUGCAAUUUAUAUGACUGUACACGUUUGUUUUGUAUUUAAAGGCAAAAUGUACCCUUUUUUUGUGGAAACCGUUCGAUUGUGUGAGUGAUAGUUGUAUACGUCAAUAUAAAGUUAACCUACAAAAAUUUCUUUUCAAAAUGUGGUCACGUUUUUGAGAAUCGCAUAAAAAUCCGGAGGGGUAUCCACGCAGUAAGAUUUAUCCCUAUGAAUACACAGUGAGAAGCGUUACUCUGAUUUUCAAAUAUUUUUACAAAAAGUGAUAUCUUUUUCCAUAGCCGCAGUACUUCAAGCUGAAAUGUUUCUCAAAAUGCAUUUGACUAUCCAAAGCUAUACUGUACUUUAACCAAGUAGGUUCUUAAUGCCAUUUAUUUUCAGAGUCAUAACCAAACGUAUACUGUACCUUUAAUUUAUUUUUAUGUGAAAGAGACUUGGCUGUUGCCAGUUUGGUGUUUAUAAUUCCAUUUUUGAGUUUGCUGAGUUACCUUGGCUGGGCUCUAAGUUCCCAACAAAGAUGGCGGAUUAUACAAAACAAUAAUUUUGUAAUGAGAAACGCUGGAUGAUUUAAGAACCCAAUUAUGUAAAUAAACGUUAAGAAGAGUAAUUUU